UGGGGGGCUAGUACCCCCACAGACCCCGAUUCAAAACUCAUUCCUACAGUACUCUUUUACCCUUGCCUGGACUCCAAAGAUGUCACAUAGAGAUGGAGAAAACAUCCCAGAGCUACUGCUGACAUUGGAUCUCUGACCUCAAAUUACCAAAUCUCAGGCCAUUGUCCUGCAACUGUGAAUGUCCAGAAGAUCCCAGCAGAGGGACGGAAGCCCUACCCCUACCACUAUUGUCAGAGAGAAGAGGAGACCUAGUAAUGAAGAAGACGAUGGGUCUCCCAGAAUCCUUCGCAUCCACUUACCUUGUUGUCCUCCUCCUCUUUCUCCAGCUGCUCACACUGGGCUCAGCUAACUUUUCUGUGAUUGGACCUGCCGAUCUUAUCCUAGCCCUGGAGGGGGAAGCUGUUGAGUUACCUUGUCACCUGGAUCCCAAGAUGAGUGCUGAGGAUAUGGCUUUGAAAUGGUUCCUACCCCAGCCUUCUAAGGUCGUGCACCUGUUUGAGAAUAGAGAAGAUCUGUUUGGAGAGCAGACGGAGUAUCGAGGAAGGACAGAGUUGCUGAGAGAAGCCAUUGAUUAUGGGAGUGUGGCUGUGAAAAUACGCAAUGUCAGAGACUCUGAUGAGGGAAAGUAUAUUUGCUCUUUCUAUGAUGGCCAAGAACGUAAAGAAGCCCCUCUGGAGCUGCAUGUAGUCGCUCCCCUAUUCCCGAGGGCUUUUCCCUUGAUGGUGGCAUUGGGUGUGAUCUUCCCUUUGCUGGGACUGGUCAUCAUCGGGGGUCUUUAUCUCAUCUGGAAACAGUACAGAGACAAAGAGAAACUCCAGAUUGAGCUCAGGAAGAGUUUGUUCCAGUUACACGAGGCCCACGUCACUCUGGAUCCUAACACAGCGCAUCCUGAACUCAUCCUGCUCGAGAACCUCAAACAGGUAACCCAUGGAGCCACAUGGCAAGACCUGCCUAAGAACCCUGAGAGAUUUGAUCGGACACCCUGUGUGCUGGGCAGUGAAGGCUUCACUUCAGGGAGACAUUGCUGGAAGGUGGAGGUGGAAGACUCACAAGAGUGGAUUCUGGGGCUUUGUAGGGAAAAUGUGAGAAAACGGGCAAUUAUAUUUUCACCUGAGAAUGGAUUCUGGACUGUGGGAAGAUAGAGGAAUGCUUACUGGGCCCACAAUCCCCCCCGCCCCUGUCUCCAGCUGACCACAUGCCCCCGCCAGGUGGUGGUUUUCCUGGACUAUGAGGCUGGAUGCGUCUCAUUCUACAGUGGCACUGAUGGAUCCCACAUCUACACUUUCCCCCCGACUACCUUCUCUGGGACCCUCCACCCUUUCUUCAUACCUUCACACCAUACCUUCCUGACCAUCUGUCCUAUGCUCAGUGGGGAUCAGUAUGACCUUGCCCCUGCCCCCUCUCAGGAUACCCCAAUAACCCCUCCAAGGGGAGAGACCAGCCUCGGCUGAUGGAGUUGAGGAUCCCCUACUUGGGGCUGAUUUCCCAUUGCCCAUCCCCCAUCCCAGCCCCGGGGUCCCUCCUGCCCUUUAGGGAGCCACCCAGCCCCGCCCUCCAACCCCUGCCCUCUGCCCCCUGCAGCUCUCCAUCCCCACCCAGGGCUGCAGCUGCCUGUGUUCCGCCUCCUCUGCUGCUCCCCUGGAGCAGACCCUGAUUGGGAGUCUCUGUCUGAUGCUUCUGCUGCUGCCAGGGGACAGUCUUUCAUUCAUUCAUUCAUUAGUAUUUAUU